AUGGCUUCAAUCAGGUCAAUGGCUCAGCCAGCCCGGCUUAUGACACGGAGGGCCCUGGUUGCUCCCUCAGUCCGAUACUUUUCAGUUUCUCCGUUCAAGCGCGCCCAGGAAGACCCCGUGGCGCCUCCACCACCAAAGGAACUCACACUGGAAGAGUUCCCCCCAGUGCCCGAGUACUCGCCAGAUCUCAUGACAAAGGAGCUCCGAUCCAUGUACGAUUUGAUGUCGCCCGAGGAACGCGCCGAUUUCGAUGCGGAGAACACCCGCAUGGUUGCCGAGUUCAACGACCCUGCGAAGCGAUCCGCAGCCUUCGCGCUGAUUGAGAAAGAGUUGCAACAGAUUGACAAGGCAGAGGAUUUGCGAUUUGAAGACAUCCGUCCCCGGACGCCUGGAUUCUGGGCCGAGGACGAUCCCGAUGAAAUGGCUCAGGUCGAGGAUGGUGACGAGGAGGUCAACGAUGAUGAAAUCACAUCCAUGGCACACACAGAGAUGGAGCUGCACCGGGAGAUGCGAGAGUACGCCCGCAUUACAGCGUGGGACAUGCCAAUGCUGAGCAAGCUCGCCAAACCCUUCUCCCUGCCUCCCGCCAACCACAUUCUCCGAUUCCGCUACACCACCUACAUGGGUGAACAGCACCCCGCCGAGCCCAAGGUCGUCGUGGAACUCGCCUCCCAAGAUCUGACCCCCAAGUACCUCACCGAAGCCCAGCGCCAAACAUUCCUCAAGCUGGCCGGUACGCGCUACAACCCGCAAACCGACAUUGUGCGCAUGUCCAGUGAGAAGUACGGCUCGCGCGCUCAGAAUAAGCGCUACCUAGCCGACCUGGUCAACUCCCUGAUCAAGGAGGCCAAGGAAGGCGACUCUUUCGCCGAUAUCCCCCUCGACCUCCGUCACCACAAGCCCAAGGUCCGCCUUCAAUUCCCCGAGUCCUGGAACAUGACCGAGACCCGUCGGGAGCAGCUCGCCGCUCGCCGCAGGGAGCGUCUUGCCGCCGAGGAGACGCGUGAGGCUCUGGUGGACGGUAACAAUGUCAUCUCGGAUGCUAUCAAGGUCCUGCCUUCGCUUAACCCCGCGCUUCAGGCCAAGGCUGCUGACGAGCGGGAGCGCGUGGCUGUCAAGGUUGGUGCCCGCAAAAAGAUCGGUCGCCGGUGA